AUGCUUAUUAAGGUGAAGACUGUAAGUAACAAGGUGAUUGAGGUUGUUUCUCUCAAUGAGGACAACACCAUCGCGGAGCUCAAGGAGAAGUUGGAGGAAUCAGAGGGGAUACCAGGAAAGAUGAUCAGGCUUGUACACCAAGGAAAGCAGUUGGAGGAUGAAAAGCGCAUCAACGACUACCCCAUCGCAGCUGGCGCAACACUUCACAUGGUAGUGGCACUGCGUGCUGGCAUGGGAGCUGGGGUGGGUUUUCAAUUGCCGCCUGGACGAAAGGAGAGUGAGGAGGCAUGGCGAAACUUACAGAAUGGAGUGCCGAGGCGAGAAAGGGGACAAUAA